CUUCCCCCACCUCCAUCCCGCGCGACCUCGCUUCAUUACCUCUACUCACGCUCCCAACAUCCACUGCAUCCAUCCAUCCUCUCCGUCUCCUGUUUCCCCCCUCUCCCACUCCCAUCUACUCCGCCUCAGACCGCAGCCCAGAGCACGGUCGCUCUUCUCUCUUCUCUUCCAAACACACGCCGCCGCAAGAGGCGCUCGACGCGAUCCUCCCAUGGGCAAGAAAGCAGCCGCGGCCGGCGACGGCGGACCCAACACCAUCUACAAGGCCACGUACAGUGGCGUUCCUGUGUUCGAGUUCAUCUGCCGCAAUGUAGCCGUCAUGCGCCGCCGGUCCGACGCGUACCUCAACGCCACCCAGAUUCUCAAGGUCGCCGGGUUCGACAAGCCGCAGCGAACACGCGUCCUCGAACGCGAGGUCCAGAAAGGCGAGCACGAGAAGGUGCAGGGCGGGUACGGAAAGUACCAAGGGACGUGGGUGCCCAUUGAACGAGGCCUCGCACUCGCUAAGCAGUACAAUGUCGAAGACUUGCUGCGCCCCAUCAUUGACUUUGUCCCGAGAGAAUCAGUGUCUCCGCCCCCGGCACCCAAGCAUGCUGUUGCGCCGCCCACGAAGCGCAACAAAGAGCCCAAGCCGAAGGAGGGGCUCGUUCCGAUCAAGAGCGCCGGGGUUCUCAGCGGCACUGGGCGACAUCAGACACCUGACUCGGUCGGCGAGGACGUCGAGUCCGAGGUCAUGGACGACAUGUCUGAAUCGCAAACGCCGUCGCCGCUCAAUGGGACCUCGCUGCUCCCUGCCGUCGACGAGCGGAGUAUUGAUGGCAUGGACAUUGACGGCUUCAGCAUGAUGAAUGGGGGCGGUCACGCGCGCAAGCGCUCUGCCGCCAUGAUGGACGACGAGGACGAGUACGAGCAGCUGAAGCGAGCACGAGGUAACAGUGCCGUUCACACUCCUCCUCCACCCGGUCAGAGCCCUCGGUACGGUGGGAUGCAGCAUCCCCUCACCCAGGACGAAUACAACGACAUCGUGCUGAACUACUUUGUUUCAGAGGCUACACAGAUUCCCGCAGUCAUGACCAACCCGCCCUACAAUUGGGACCCGAACGGCAUCAUCGAUGAUGACCAUCACACCGCUCUCCACUGGGCAGCCGCAAUGGGUCGCACGCGCGUUAUUAAGCUCCUCCUGUCCGCCGGCGCUCGUAUUUUUGACAAGAACAACCUUGAUCAGACCCCUCUCAUGCGCAGUGUCAUGUUCACCAACAACUACGACUUGCGCAAGUUUCCCGAAGUCUUCGAGCUUCUCCAUCGUUCCACCCUUAAUAUCGACAAGAACAAUCGUACCGUUUUCCACCACAUCGCCAAUCUCGCAUUGUACAAGGGGAAAACGCAUGCCGCGCGGUACUACAUGGAGGUGAUUCUGUCCCGCCUCGCCGACUAUCCGCAGGAGUUGGCAGACGUAAUCAACUUUGCCGACGAGGAUGGUGAGACGGCGUUGACCCUUGCCGCUCGUGCGAGGUCCAAGCGCAUCGUCAAGGCGUUGCUUGAUCACGGCGCCGACCCCAAGCUCCGCAACCGUGACCACAAAUCGGCUGAGGACUACAUCCUGGAAGACGAGCGCUUCAGGUCGUCCCCCGACGUCAUGUUGAACCGCACGCAGCCUUCGGCCGCCCCUCGCAACCCGACAUCGCUCGGCGCCGCCGUAUUCAGCCAGGGCCUCCCGCCGCAGCUGUACAACUCGGAGGCAGCGCGGUUGGCAAGCGGGCCACACAGCUCUGACAUCCUCCAGCAAAUGCAGGCACUGGCACGAUCCUUCGAGGCGGAGAAGCUCAACAAGGAGCGCGACGUGCUCGAGGCCAAGGCGAUGCUCACGAGCAUUCACACCGAGGUCAACGACGCCGGGCGGACACUGCACAACUUGGGCGAGCAGAUGAAGCCGCUCGAGGCCAAGCAGGGCGAGCUUGAUGGGUUGGUUGAGCGGCUCCAAAGCAAGCUCCAGAAGGACUUGGCCCGCGGUGCUCGCAAGUGGAAGGCCGCGGACGAGGGCCGCGAAAACCGAUGGAAGAACGGCGACGACCCAUCUCAGGCGGGCGAGGACUACUCGGAUUUGCCGGAACUCACCGCCAUUCCUGACAACGCCGAGGCCGAAGAGGAGCGGUUGCGCGGCGAGAUCGAGAAGAUGCGGGCACGGCGCGGCGAGCUGGUAACGCGCCUGGUGAAGGCGCAGACACAGACGGGCACGACAGACAAGAUGGCGCAGUACCGGCGCCUGAUAACGGCUGGGUGUGGAGGGGACAUCAACCCGGGCGAGAUUGACGACAUCGUUGGCCAGCUCCUGGACAUGCUGGAGAACGAGGCGCAGAGCGGCCGCCCGGCCCCGCCACCGCAGGCCGCGCCGUCGUGGGUCACGUCCUAAUUGCCAUGUAAUGUAGCGACUUGUAGUGUAGUGUAUGGACCUGACUGGCCGUGCACGCGCCGCUGACGUUGAUGUCAUAAAGGUCAGUCGCG